AUACUGCAUGUGGGCGGGGCUCCACAUCCGGGAACUGUCGCUGACCCCUGACGUGACCCUGCAGGAUUGCAAACAUGGCGGAGCCCUCCCUCGGGAAUGCGAGCCCAGGAGGUUCAGCAGGUUCCGACGACCAUGAUUUCGAUCCAUCAGCUGACAUGCUCGUCCAUGACUUUGACGACGAACGAACCCUGGAGGAGGAAGAAAUGUUGGAGGCAGCAGACGAGACCAACGCCAAUGAGAUUGAGGAUCUUGCACGGGAGGGUGAGAUGCCCAUUCAUGAGCUGCUGAGUCUCUACGGUUACGGGGGCAGAUCGCCAGCAGAUGAGGAUGAGGAGGAAGAGGAAGAACCUGAGGAAGAAGAGGAUGAGGAGGAAGAGGAUGAGGAAGAGGACCUCGAUAAUGAUGAGAGCAGCAGAAGCACUGGUGAACUGAAAAGAAACGAGGGUGAGGAUGUGAAGAACUCGUCGGGUCAGGCCGGUGAAGCUCAGUCAACUUCUGAGGGUCGCACACGCUCAGUCCGGUCGCUUGGCACAGCAGAACUCAUUCGUCCUCAGAAACUAAAGUACUUUGAAAGUAAUAAUGAUGCAGAGGAGGAGUCGGAUGAGGAUGAGGACUAUGUUCCAUCUGAAGACUGGAAAAAGGAGAUUAUGGUGGGUUCCAUGUAUCAGGCAGAAACUCCUGCUGGUCUGUGUAAAUAUAAAGACAAUGAGAAAGUUUAUGAAAACGACGACCAGUUGUUGUGGAACCCCGAGUGUCUUCCUGAAGGGAAAGUUGUGGAAUUCUUGACAGAAGCAUCGAGGAGAACAGGAGAUGAGAAAGGGGUGGACGCAAUCCCAGAGGGAUCCCAUAUCAAAGAUAACGAACAGGCAUUGUAUGAACUCGUGAAAUGUGACUUUGACACAGAGGAAGCUUUAAGAAGACUAAGAUUUAAUGUAAAAGCAGCCAGAGAGGAAUUAUCUGUCUGGACCGAAGAAGAAUGUAGAAAUUUUGAACAAGGACUAAAAGCUUAUGGCAAAGACUUUCAUUUAAUACAGGCCAACAAGGUGAGAACUAGGUCUGUAGGAGAAUGUGUGGCCUUUUAUUACAUGUGGAAGAAGUCUGAGCGUUAUGAUUUCUUUGCACAGCAAACCAGACUUGGGAAAAGGAAAUACAACCUUCACCCUGGUGUCACAGACUACAUGGACAGAUUACUGGAUGAGACGGAGAGCGCAGCAUCGAGUAGAGCAGCUUCACCUCCUCCCACCACCUCCAGCAGCAGCACCAGCCACUCAGAGAGGGAAGACAGCAGCAGUCAGAACGGUAUUACAAGCCACAACUCCACCCACCCAGUGGAUGGCGCUCCGUUGCCUCCAGCAAAUCAAGUCAAGCUUGAGGGCGUUCAGUCCAACGGUCCUUCACAUCCGCUAGCAGAAGCUCCUCCUCCGGUUUCAGACAACAACUCCAACGGUUGCAGCCAACCCACCGCUCCCAGCCACGACAGAAACGGCUCUCUGGAGCCUCUUCUGGACCACAGAGACACGGCAGCGAUGGCUCAUGACCGGCCGGCCAAGAGGUGCAGGACGGAGGCAGAACCUUUAGGCCAAAGCGAGAUGGAACCAUCCAGAGUGCAGGAGAACUGAAGGCUGCCCGGCUCAGCAGUGUUGACUAACAGACUCUGGUUUGGGCUGAAAAAUUAGUUGCUACUUCUCCACCAGUGGGUAGUUUACGGGAGUGGAGGAUGAGGAGGAUCGACCCGUGAGCACAGCAGAGACUCACUUUGAGGUCGAUGAAAAUCAGCAGCUGGUCGUCCAGGAGGGGCAGCAGAGGCCCCAGCUCAGCCCCGCCCCUCCAUCAUCCAUGUACCGACCACCCACUCAGCUCAUCCCAAAGCACCACAGCCAGAUCAUGUCCGACAAAACAUCUUCUACCCAUCAUCUCCCUUUUUGGAGACUGACAAAAUUUUGCCAAGAAUUUCCUUUUUCUAUUUGUACUUUAAAGAAAGUAAAUCACCUGUGAUAUUUUUUUACACGAGAGAUAUUUAUAUUUUUUAACGCAAAAAAAAAAAUCUAACGAUGGGUCAUUGCUGUUAAAGCCAUUUGUUUGCUGUUAAGGAUUUGAUCAUGGGACAGGACAUGUUUUAAACGAUUACGUGCUUAAGUUGUCGAAAAGAUGCAGAUUAGGCAGAAACAGGAGCCGCUAGCUCUCUUUAGUUGCACUUUGAUUGUAUGUGUCUCAUCUUUGUUGAUGAGUGUCAGAACCCAGCAGAAAUACAUUUUCACUCCCUCACUUCUUUCUCUGUCAUCGCCGUAUGUUUUAGGUAAAUAAACCGACGGGUUAGCCCCCCCUGCAGGUUUGUUUGUGUAAAGCAGCUGACAUCAGUGAUGUCCUGUAAUAUAACUGGUGUAGAAGAUCUCUGUAUUUUUGGAUUUUCAUAGUCAGUGCUUUGCUCAACGCUUUGUUUUUACUAGACAGAAUGUUUGUGACUUUUAAUGUAAAGUUUGUAUAGAUUUCUUACCUUGAGCAGUUGGUACAUUUUUUAUAACCGUCUGUCUGUUCAUCUCUGUAUUUUCUGGUCUUCCUUGUUAGGCUGUGCUUUUUGUUGGGAAGCUGUUUCGCCUUUUGUUUCUCUGAGAUGGAUGUAAUAAAAAAAGUAGCCAUUCCAGUUCCCCUCUCUGUUUGGCAGUACUUCUCAUUCCUGUGCUCAAACCUCGACAGUUUGCUGCAGAAAAAGCCCCACGUUGUGGUUCUGUGUGCUGCUUAUUCAGAAUGCUUAGUUUCCAGCAGUAUCUGCUGUGGUUCCUCAGUAAGUGUCUUCAGAGCCGUGGAUCUCCAGCAGUUUAACACGCCUGUUUGACGUGAACGUGUGACCUGGAAGACUUGUUUUGGUACAGUAGCUGUUCGGCUUAAUGCGUAAAUGUUUUACUUUGUACUCCAGCUUUUGAACUUACAUUCAGAAAUUAAGAUAAGUUUGUCUCCAAUAAUGUUGAUCCAUGUAGUCCUUCUUUUUUUGUUUUUUUGACAGUGAUGUCCUUUUUUUUUCUCUGUAAAUGAUGACAUGAAUAAUAAAAAUGAAGUGUAUUCCAAGACUGACUAUGAAUUGAGUAACAUUGGCUAUAUUUAAUAAAUGUAUUAAUGAAU